GGAGCAACGACAAUGAAGAAGGCGUCUUAUCUUCUCUCCUUGUUGGGUGCGGUGAUCGUCUGCACACAGAUAGCUGAUUCGAUUAUUUGUUUCACUUGCGAAAGACAGCCCACGAAUUGGAAGUGCCUGCAAAUGACUAUUUGCCCUGACAAUGAAAAUGCAUGUCUAACCAUGAGGGAUGUUGACGAAACAGGUGACAGUGCCAAGGUUCUCAUCACCAAGAAGUGUGGCCAGGCAUGUCCCACCGAAAGCAAUAAUUCAAGCAGCGCACCCAAGUCUGUCUUCUGCUGCAAGCACAACUGGUGCAACUUGUGGCCCCCCAAAUAAAAAGUGUCUGGUCCACGCAGAGUGGAAGGGCCAGUCUGGAAUGCCCUUGAAGUAAGCUGCUAUCUCUGGGCUCAGCUAUUGUGUUCUGCAAAGAAAGUUUAAUGAUUCCUUUUGGCUACAUUUUGACCCUGCAACACCAGGCAAGCAUUGGCCCUCUCCAGGCACCCUGUUCAGCCUGCAUUCAAUUUUUUUCUUCACAUGAAUGGUUCCGCAUUUUUUAAGCAAAAGAAAUGAAAGAAGAAAAAUAAAAUAGCAUAUUCCUGCAACAAUUGUUAGCAAUUUCUUAACCUACUGCAACGAGUUUCAAAUUUUGUUUUAUUUGUCCAUGCAAAGUCUAUGUCAGGGUCUUCGGCUGUUGCUGGACUACAAUUCCCAUCAUCCCUGACCACUGGUCCUGCUAGCUAGGGAUGAUGGGAGUUGUAGUCCGGAAACAGCUGGACACCCAAGCUUGGGAAACCCUGGUCUAUGUCUGUAAGCGACCUGCUCUUAAGUGGCAAGUCGUCAAUCCAUUGAAUAAGUGGAGCCAUAUAUUGUGGAUUCAUGAUGGUUUGUACUCAGCGAUGGUACCUGGCAAGGGGGUUAUACAUUGUUAUAGGAAUUCUAAGGCCUUAAAUGCAGAGUAAAUGUUGAUAAUUGCACAAGGUAAACACACAUACAUAAGUAUAUAAACCACAUGUCUAAAAUAGUAUAGGAGAGCAAUCCGAAAACCAUCUUGGCGCUCAGUAUUUCCUCUUCCUCCUUAAUCCCCCUGGCCUGAGAGCAGGUAGGCAGAGAGCAAUCAGGGGAAGUCCCUGAAGGAAAUUCUCUCCUAUAUCUAUGAACCUCCUUGGUAUUAAUUGUCAUUGUUUGCCCAGAUGCUCUGCAUUGAGGGAUGUCUGACGGGCAUCCCGAUUGUCUUAUCAAAUGUCAAUGUUUUGUGUAAACUGUGUUUGGAACAAUGUAAAACUUGCUAAAUCCUCAGGAAUAUCACGCCUUGGCUUGCCUGAGUCACAGUAACCCCACCUUCUGUGUGAUGUAAUUUUUGACUGUUUGUAGAGGGGCUGUGCUUCUACUCCACUUCCAAAAUGCAAAACCCUU